AAUGGGGCAGAAAUGAAAAAUAUCUUUUUUUGCAUAAAAGAAUCCAAAUUUAGAGAUACGAGGAAGCAUCACAGGCUCAAAACUCUCCCCCUGAAAAAGUGAAAAGGGGGUUUUUUUCUUUCCCAUUUAACCAGCCCCCCCCUCCACCGCUCCACCUUUCGCAUCAAUGGCUGAUAACAAGGAGAAAUACAUUACCUCUGAUGAACUAAAGAAGCACAACAAAUCUGAUGACCUCUGGAUUUCUAUCCAGGGAAAGGUUUACAAUGUCACAGAUUGGGCUAAAGUUCACCCUGGUGGGGAUAUUCCGCUCCUGAAUUUGGCUGGCCAAGACGUGACAGAUGCAUUCAUUGCUUUUCAUCCGGGUUCCGCCUGGAAACACCUUGAUAGGUUCUUUACAGGGUAUUACCUGGAGGAUUUCCAGGUUUCUGAGGUUUCCAAGGACUACAGAAGGCUAGCAGCCGAGUUUGCUAAAUCUGGAAUGUUUGAGAAAAAAGGGCAUGGCGUGAUCUACUCCCUUUGUUUUGUUUCUGUGUUGCUUUUUGCCUGUUUCUAUGGCGUUCUAUUUUCUGAUAGUUUCUCGAUUCAUAUGCUUUCCGGGGCUUUAUUGGGAUUCUCGUGGAUGCAAGUGGCUUAUAUGGGUCAUGAUUCUGGUCAUUAUCAGAUAAUGAUGACCCGAGGAUGCAACAAACUUGCGCAGAUUUUAACUGGAAAUUGCCUCACAGGGAUCAGCAUUGCUUGGUGGAAAUGGACUCACAAUGCCCAUCAUGUAGCCUGCAACAGCCUUGAUCACGAUCCUGAUCUUCAGCAUUUGCCCUUCUUAGCCGUCUCCGCGAGCCUUUUCCAAUCCCUGACCUCCGUUUUCUACGGAAGAAAGCUCACGUUUGAUUCGUUUGCCAGGUUCUUCGUUAGUUACCAGCACCUAACGUUUUAUCCUGUUAUGUGCGUUGCAAGAGUCAAUCUUUAUGUGCAGACAUUCUUGCUCCUAUUCUCCAAGAGAAAAGUGCCUGAUAGAGCCUUAAACAUAUUGGGAAUCCUUGUUUUCUGGACAUGGUUCCCCCUUCUCGUUUCGUGCUUGCCUAAUUGGAACGAGCGGGUUCUGUUUGUGCUGGUUAGCUUCUGUGUUACCUCAAUUCAACACGUCCAAUUCUGUUUGAACCAUUUUGCAGCAAACGUGUACAUUGGAGCACCAAAGGGCAACGACUGGUUCGAGAAACAGACAAGUGGAACUAUAGAUAUUGCGUGCUCGGCUUGGAUGGAUUGGUUCUUUGGGGGGCUGCAAUUCCAGCUUGAACAUCAUUUGUUCCCUAGGUUGCCUAGGUGCCAUCUGAGAAAAAUUUCUCCCUUGGUCCAAGAACUAUGCAAGAAGCACAAUUUGCCUUACAGGAGUUUGUCCUUCUUUGAGGCCAAUAUCUGGACACUAAAGACUCUCAGGACUGCAGCUCUCGAGGCUCGGGAUCUAUCCUCCCCUGUUUCAAAGAAUCUGCUCUGGGAAGCUGUUAACACUCAUGGAUGAUGAUUUUGAUCAUUCAGCUGUUUCUCAAAGGCCUCUUAAGGUUUUUGUCUAAUUAUUCCACCUGGACAUCUAUGAAAGGUUGCACUUUCAAGAAGCAGCUUUUGCCUUCAAGCUUUAUAUAUUUAGAAUUAUUAUCAUUUUAGCAGCAAGAGGAACUACAUGUUUUGAAUAAACUACACAUUUAAAUUACUUAUCUUGCAAUGUAACUUUCUUAUUUAUGAAAGAUUUUUCUAGUUA